GCCAUCUUCAAACAGUUGGAAGAAGAAAUCUAUGAUGCAAACAAAGAUGAAAAUUCGUUUCGGUUCUUGGCAAGAGCAAACAAUAAGUGUGAAUUGUUGUGCGAGAUUUAUUUUAAAUGGGUUACCCCAGUAGUUACUGCUUCGUUCCCUACGGUAGGGAUGCUAUCAGUUCUUCUCUGCCUAUAUUCAUAUGGCGAAUUUAAAAAUGAACACUUAUCCGUUCCACUUAAGUUUGUUUUGCCAUGGAAUCAAACAACACCGGUUGGAUACUAUGGAGAAUUAUGUGUAGCUGUUGCAUUUAUUGGAACCUACAUGAUCAUGAAUGGGAUCAUUGUUUUGAUAUUCAUUUCCAUAUGUUUGCAACAUCAAGCAUUAUAUCAAAUGUUUCAACAUUUAGUGCGCAAAUUGAAUCGACCCAAUGAAAAGCACAACAACAAGGACGUAUUACGACAAAUUAUUGAGUUUCAAGUUACGACGAGAAAUUGGUUUUCACAUUCAUCUGCAUUCUACAGUCUCAUCAUUAUGAAUGAAGUCAUAUACAGCUUGUUGACAUUGGCUAUAUGCAUUUUUCGGUUCGAAAGGCUCCUUAAAAACUUUGAUAUGGAUACCAUCCUUUAUGUAAAUGGAGUUAUGUCUUGCAUUUCAACUUUGUUUUUGUUCUGCUACUUUGGAAAAUUGGCCUCAUACAGUUAUGAGAAAAUGAUAAGCUGCCUUUAUGAGGAUAUUAACUGGACUGAACUACCAAAUGGUCAGCAAAAACACUUGAUCCUCAUGAUCGCCAUGGCACAGAAACCUGUUUUCUAUCACGGAUUCCAUAUCAUGAAACUAGACUUGAAGACUUUUGCUACACUAAUGAACAAAACAUAUACCUUUUAUAUGAUUUUUAAAACUUUUAGUGAAUAA